UUGCUUCUUUUCUUGGAGUAGUUGUUUUUGGAGUCAUUGUUCUUGGAGUCAUUGUUCUUGGAGUUGUUAUUCUUGGAGUCAUCAUUCUUGGAGUCAUUGUUUUUAAAAUCAUAGCGGGAGUUGAGAUCUUUGUGUUUCUUUUCUUGGAGUUGUCAUUCUUGGAGUUAUUCUUUGAGUCACCAUUCUUGGAAUCGUCAUAA